AUGGCGGCGCCUUCAAGCAGCCCCGCUUUGUCUGCAGCUUUGUCGCAGGUCGGGCGGGAUUUGCAGAAGGCAAUUUCAAAAGCGACGUCAACCCUCGCGUCUGCGUCAGGCGAGAGAGGUGGAACACUUGCCACCGCGGGGCCCAACACCGCAGCGUUGCUCUCUCCUCUCUUCGGCGUUCCGCUCAACGGUUCGCUGCCACCGUCUGGUGGCAACUUGUCCUCGGCGAAAGGGGAAACUCCUUACGCUUCUGCUUCGUCUGCUCAACAACAUUUUGCAUCUUCAGAAAUCGAUACGCAAGCUAUAUCCCCCACUCUCGUUGCAGGCGACGAGUCUUGUGUUCAGGGCGAAACAGCGAGGCUUGCAGAAGACCACGAGGGUGAACCAGGACAGCCACGAGAGCCGCUGGUCUCCCUCCGUGCAGUCAAUCCGCCUCCACAUAGGAUUUCGUCCCCGGGUCAACGCGAUGUUCUCGGUACAAACGACGCCUCAAAUGACGUGUCGGUGCCGAGUCCGGUAGAACGUAAUUCUUUUUUCACGACAUCCGGCAUUUCUUCAAAUUCAGGGGGAAACCAUGGCGGAGGUGGGAAAGAGACUGGGCGCCGGUGGAAUCCGUAUGCUGCGGCAUACUAUACGAAAGGCUCUGGUGCUGCGUUUCGGCAUCGUAUGGGCACGUCUACGGGAUGCUGUUCGCUAUUGUCGUCCCCCUGUGCGCCCCCCUUGUGUUCGUCUUCAUAUAUGCAACCUGCGACGAAGCGCAGGGCAGAGCUGCUUCCAUUCAGUACCAUGGGCUUGGCAGGGGGGGGCAGCCGUUUAGACGAGACGGAAAAUUCGUGGUUUUUUGUGGACCUCUUUAGCGCGGAAGGCAGCGUGUCGAACAGGACUUUCCAGGACUCUCGGGGUUCUCUGUCGCCGUGUGCUGGGCAAAAGGCACAAAGCAACUACUCCAGCCGUGCUUCUCCUCCGUUCGUGUGUUCUCUCCCCUACAAGCGUGAGGACGGAUUGGCGCAGAUUCUCGACGAGGAUGCCGUGGAAUUCGCCUCUUGGUCGCGGCAAAGGGCGGAGGUCGCAAAGGCUGUUGGCGUAACGCCGGGACUCUACGCGCGUACACCCAACGAAGGUGAUCGCAGCUUGUCGAUCGAGGAUAGGACUGGAAAGAUAAAUCACAGCCAUCCCAUGGGAGAGGCAAGUCUGGGCGGCAUAGAGAGCAGAUCUUUAGAUCUCGUUAGAAUUAGCGAUCCCAGUGUACUUGGGGGGGAUGCAUCUUUGCUGGCGUCAACUCUUUCUUCUGAGCUCAUUGAGGAAUCUCAAGCUGCUUCGCUGACGGACGGUGAGGAACGAUGUGAUUCUGCGACUCGUGGUAUCUCUGCCGAGAAAGAGGAGGGACACGAACAGUUGGCGUGCGAGCGCGUCGAGAGUCACACAGGGACGGCGACCAUGCAAAGAACACAACGGGAAUCCCGCAAGGGUUCAGCCACCGGCGGUCAGCGAUGCAAACUGUCUGCUAUUUCUGGUACCGACUCUCUGCGCAAGAACCGAAGUGAGAUGCUGCAGGCCAUGCCACAUUCAUCGGUCCUGUCAGAACCGAUUCACAGUACGUCAGGACAAGAGGAGCCGGCUAUGGUCGCUUUUCUUCGCAAUUCAAUCGACUUGUACGGCCACACUGCCUUGGAAGGCGUCACGUUCCACGUGCCUGUUGAAGAUGCUGAGGACCUUGUUGUCGCGCUCGAAGAAGUCCUACCUUACUCGUGGCACGAUUUUGAAUCUGCCGCCGUCGAGGCGCUCAAACCCCUAACAGCUCUGGUCAUAGGGCGGCUCGUAUUUGUUCAACUCCCGUCGUUCCUUUUCGAGUUUUUGGCGACGACGGAGGGCGCGGCGGCCGCAGCGGCUGGUACCGCAGAAGCGGCAGGCGCCUCCGCAGCGGGAGUCGUAACUUCUGUUUGCUCUUUCGCUUCGUGGCUAGUGGUUUUCGGGGGAUGCGUCUAUGCUCUCGUACGAGGCGCACAGGCUCUUCAGCAGUCCCGGCGGGCGCAGUUGCUGAUGUCCGUAGAGGCGGUAGACGCAACAGGCGGUGCGAGUGGAGCAGCGGCAAACAAGAACGACGGGCAGACAAAACGCGGGGAAACCGCGGAAGAGAAAAGUGUGCUUGGCGACGCGAUUGACGUCAUUAUCGAUGUACCGGACGCUUGUGAAACUGACAGUCAGAACGACGCUCCGGCUGGAAGAGCAAGCCUAGGCUUUGCCGCCGAUAGAUCUACGGCGAAAGCGGAUGAGGGGACCGCGGAGCGGAGAGCGAUGCAUAGAGCAGACGUAGAGGGAGGGAAACCGCGGGAGAUGGAAAAUUCGACUGAAGACAACCGAGGCGAAGCGAAGAGCGUCGUUGUCAUCCGAAGGGACCCGACGAGAAAGUGGAAAGAAGAAGCCGUGUGUGAGGGCAUGUGUUCCAUCGAAUGGUGCGGAGGAUUUCCUCUGGGAAUCUAG